GGCAUUAAAAAAAAAAAAAAAAAAAAGGAAAAAACAAACUCCUCACACACUUACAUUGGAGAGGGGGAACCAGGCCACGUGACUCCCACCAUCCUACCCUAUGUCACCGUGUGUGUAGGAGCGCUGACUGCUCCUGCCCAAUCAUGCCUGGAAUGCUGCUUGCCACUUGGGCUAUUUCUGCUAUCUGUCGCUCCCAGGGCUGCAGUGCUAACCGUUUGGCAGAUGGGACACUUUUCCUCGGAGUUCAUGCCUUUGGUUUUUAACUUCUGGCAGUGCCUGAAUUGUUGCUGUUCUCCCUCUCCUUUUCUCCUCUCUGUAAAACCAUGGCCCAUCGGCUGCGGUUUCAUUUUGGCUCUGGGAGAAGCAACACAGCCCCCGAAUCGGAGAUCCUUGCCCGGGAGAGAGAAGAUGACUUUUUCAUGGCAUUCCACACGUUGCCAAGAAGAAGCAGCCCUCACGCGUUCUCGCGGCACGGAGCGGGUUAUGGCGGCGACGGAGAUGUGCACGAAGUCGGCUCCUUGAAGAGGAGCACAUCCAUGUUUAUCCCGCAGCUGCUGAACGGCGUCGACGCGCGCCCCACCAGGAGCUCCUCCAUGCAGAUCUCGCUGCAGCGCAAAGCUGCCGACGGCUGCGCCGACGAGUGCGCGGCCCUGGAGCCCGCGGAGGAGACGCUUCCCUGGCACUUCUCUGACUUCAGGGAGCCUUACGCAUCCCCUGGUGAAAAGCGCUCUUCUCCGAGCGCUCCGCAGGCGCCUCCUGAAAGUUCUUCGCCCAGGCUGGUGGAAGAGUCGGGGCAGCAGACAGAUGGAAGCGUUUGCUGUGACCGUAGAAUGUUUUGUGGCACUAACCCCCAGAGCGAGGAGGCUCUGCCGGCUGCCCAGCGAGAAGAAGCAAGUGAGGCGGCUCCGGGUUUAAACAUAAGUGGUGUGAGGAUUCAGCAUCGGGCCUCAAGUGCAGAGGUGCCUCAAGUUACUCUACUUCCCUUUGGUCCCGAGGCUCCAAAUAGUGCUCCCACCUCUGAACCCCGGCGCUGGUCCUUGCAGCAUGUGCCAGAUCCCUCAGCAAAUUCAGGGAAAAAGUUCUUUGUUCUCCAGUUACAGCAGCCACAGGCAAGCAGUACAGGCGCAGGAGGUGGAGGUAACUUUGGCUUUACUGGAACAAAAGGGGACAGAUUGGUCAGGUACCCUCGGAUACGGCUGGAAAGGAGUACUUCCUACCCUGUCCAGCCACCAGCAGAAGGAAUUAGCCCCGCAGCUGAUGGGCUGAACUCGGAGCUGCCUGGAAACAGCAGGAACAGGGCAGAAAUACCUAGAAGCAAUUCAGUAGAGAGGAUGCCUCAAGGGCAGGGAUGCUUGUUUAAAAUCAGACCAGAUCAAAACAUGAGGCAGCAGCACUUCAGGAUUCUUGUGACGCGCGGGCCGGAAGAACAGAGUCAGGGGGCUGGUGAGGAGGGUCGUGGCACCCCUGCUCCUGCGGCAGCCGGCACCGCGACCAGAGACGACUUCCUGGGCCAGGUGGAUGUGCCGCUCAGUCACCUGCCGACUGAAGACCCAACCAUGGAGAGGCCAUACACAUUUAAGGAUUUCCUCCUCAGACCAAGAAGCCACAAAUCUCGUGUGAAGGGUUUCUUGAGACUGAAGAUGGCGUAUAUGCCCAAAAAUGGUGGCCAAGAGGAAGAAAACAGUGAUCAGAGGGAUGACUCUGAGCACGGCUGGGACGUGGUGGAUCCCGGCGAUGCCGCAUCCCAGCGUCAGGAGGAGCUGCCGCCUCCCCCGCUGCCCCCGGGCUGGGAGGAGAAGGUGGACAACCUGGGCCGCACCUACUACGUGAACCACAACAACAGGAGCACCCAGUGGCACCGGCCCAGCCUCGUCGACGUGGGAUCCGAGUCAGAUAACAACAUCAGGCAGAUAAACCAAGAGGCAGCUCACAGGCGCUUCCGCUCUCGGCGCCACAUCAGCGAGGAUUUGGAGCCAGAGCCUGCGGAGAGUGGAGACAUUCCUGAGCCUUGGGAAACCAUUUCAGAGGAGGCAAGUGCCAGUGGGGAUUCCUUAAGCUUGUCACUGCCACCUCCUCCUGCAUCUCCAGUGUCCCGGACCAGUCCUCAGGAGCUGUCUGAGGAGCUGAGCAGAAGACUCCAGGUCACUCCUGAUUCCAAUGGGGAACAACUCGGCUCUUUGAUUCAAAGAGAACCGUCUUCACGACUGAGGUCCUGCAGUGUGACAGACACAGUCGCUGAACAGUCCCAGCUAUCCCUGCAGAAUGGUCCCUCUAGGAGAGCUCGUUCUUCAACUGUCACAGGGGGCGAGGAGCCAACGCCUUCUGUGGCUUACGUGCACACCACGCCGGGCUUACCUUCGGGCUGGGAGGAGCGCAAGGACGCCAAGGGCCGCACCUACUACGUCAACCACAACAACCGGACCACAACGUGGACACGGCCCAUCAUGCAGCUCGCCGAGGACGGGAUGGUGGGGCCGGGCGCGAGCAGCAGCAACCACCUGAGCGAGCCGCAGAUCCGGCGGCCGCGCAGCCUCAGCUCGCCCACCGUCACGCUGUCCGCGCCGCUCGAGGGCAUGAAGGACUCCCCGGUGCGCAGGGCGGUGAAGGACACCCUGUCCAACCCUCAGUCCCCACAGCCGUCCCCCUACAACUCGCCCAAGCCCCAGCACAAGGGGGCCCAGAGCUUCCUGCCCCCGGGCUGGGAGAUGCGCAUCGCCCCGAACGGCCGCCCCUUCUUCAUCGACCACAACACCAAGACCACCACCUGGGAGGAUCCACGGCUGAAGUUUCCGGUGCAUUUGAGAUCCAAAGCGUCUCUGAACCCCAAUGAUUUGGGCCCUCUUCCUCCUGGCUGGGAGGAAAGAAUACACCUGGAUGGAAGAACAUUUUAUAUAGACCAUAGAAGCCAGGUGUUGAUAUGUGGAGACAUUGAUACCAGAGACUUAGUGCCCUCCUACGAUAAUAAAAUCACGCAGUGGGAAGACCCCAGGCUGCAGAACCCAGCCAUCACGGGCCCAGCAGUGCCGUACUCCAGGGAGUUCAAGCAGAAAUACGACUAUUUCCGCAAGAAGUUGAAGAAACCUGCUGACAUACCCAACAGAUUUGAGAUGAAAUUACACAGAAAUAACAUUUUUGAGGAGUCCUACAGAAGAAUCAUGUCUGUGAAGAGACCUGAUGUACUAAAAGCCAGACUCUGGAUUGAAUUUGAGUCAGAAAAAGGACUUGACUACGGAGGUGUGGCCAGAGAAUGGUUUUUUCUCUUGUCCAAGGAGAUGUUUAACCCUUACUAUGGUCUCUUUGAAUACUCAGCAACGGACAACUACACACUUCAGAUUAAUCCUAAUUCAGGUCUCUGUAACGAAGACCACCUGUCGUACUUCACGUUCAUUGGCCGCGUGGCCGGCCUGGCCGUGUACCACGGGAAGCUGCUGGACGGCUUCUUCAUCAGGCCUUUCUACAAGAUGAUGCUGGGGAAGCCCAUAACGCUGAAGGACAUGGAAUCAGUGGACAGCGAAUACUACAACUCUCUGAAGUGGAUCCUGGAAAAUGACCCUACAGAGCUGGAUCUCAUGUUCUGCAUAGACGAGGAGAACUUUGGACAGACAUAUCAAGUGGACCUGAAGCCCAAUGGGUCUGAAAUCAUGGUAACGAAUGAAAACAAGCGGGAAUACAUUGACCUGGUCAUCCAGUGGCGGUUUGUCAACAGAGUGCAGAAACAAAUGAAUGCCUUUCUGGAGGGAUUCACAGAACUGCUUCCUAUUGAUCUGAUUAAAAUUUUUGAUGAAAAUGAACUGGAGUUACUGAUGUGUGGCCUUGGCGAUGUCGAUGUCAAUGACUGGAGACAACACACCAUCUACAAAAAUGGGUACUGCCCAAAUCAUCCUGUUAUCCAGUGGUUCUGGAAGGCUGUUCUGCUGAUGGACGCUGAGAAGCGGAUCCGGCUCCUGCAGUUUGUGACCGGGACGUCACGCGUGCCUAUGAACGGAUUUGCUGAACUCUACGGUUCAAAUGGUCCUCAACUGUUUACAAUAGAGCAGUGGGGAAGUCCUGAUAAGCUGCCCCGGGCUCACACCUGCUUUAACCGCCUAGACUUACCUCUGUAUGAAUCUUUCGAGGACCUGCGGGAGAAGCUCCUCAUGGCCGUGGAGAAUGCCCAAGGGUUUGAAGGGGUGGAUUAACUUGGCAGCACCUAUUCCCUUCUCCAAGCACGUUCUGCUGGCUUUGGCACCUGCCCGAGGGACUCGGAGGGCUCGUGGCACGGCAGCUGCGCGGUGCUGGGCUCUGGAGCAGCCGCGGCAGCGCGGGGCCGAGCCCCGGGGCUGCCACGGGCACCUGGGGGGGCCUCGCUGAUGCUCCCGCACCAGUUGUGAACUGAUCACAUUUCAGCAGGACUUACUCUAUUUAUGUUGUGCCUCUGUAGGCAAAGCCCUUAAUAAAUAUUUUACACAAUUUCUAAUGGCAAUGAACGGAAUUAAUAAUUUUACAGGUAUAGUAUUACAACUCAUGUUUACUUCUUAAUUGAUUUAAACAUUUUCAGAUUUUAUUUCGUUACAAUUAAAUAUCAUAUACUUGGAAAAAUGAGCAUUUUUCUUAAUUUCAUACCAGACUUUUUUUUUUCAAAGCACGUUGAGCCUUGUGUUCCUAAACCAGGAGAGUAGGAGAAAGCUGUUGGCAGCCUUCUCUCCACAGGCUGUCUCUCAAAAGCAACUCUCUUCAUUAAGCACAUCACUGUUGUUCUGUAUCCAGAAGGAUGGGCUGGAUGUUGCAUUUUUGUACAAGUGCUAGAAGAGUGUCGAGGCACAGCAGAGCCCUGACACAGCAUGUCCAGGUCUCUGUUCUAGAUCUCUGAAACUGCCUCCUUACUGCCAAGCUGUACGUGUGCUACAAAGCAUCUGGGCUGGCAUUUGGCCUUUGAGAACAGGCUGAGCCCUGUCAUUCUCUCUGUACAGUGAUUUGUUUUCCAUCGUUUCUGCAUUCCUAUUUGCAAUGGAGGCAUUCCAAAUGAAAUCUGGCACUCUGGAACACAGCUCUGCUCUGGCUCCUGUUUGUGUGCAUUUACUAAUGAACCUAAUUAACACUGGGGUUGUUCAUUUCUAACAGCACCAACUCUGAAGGCACUUUCUGUACCACCGGGAAGGCAGACCUGGUUUGAGCAUAAAGUGACUGGGAUUUUACUCCUUCCCACUACACGUCCUUCUAUGGUGAAUUGGGCUGCUGCUGUGUAAAACCCCACCAGCUCUAGACCGGAGCCUGCAGACAUGUUCCUCAGUAAUUGUUUCUGUGAUUCCUUUUUUACUUACAAAGAUUUAUUUAAUAUACACUGCUAUCUAAUCCA